CCGGAAGUGUACUGUGUUAGCAUAAAACACAAUGUCCUGAUGGACAACAUCCGACCGCGUCUGAAAUUUGGGAGUAAAGUGGAUGAUGUGAAACUGCGGAAGCGAAAAUCCCAACUGUACUCAAAGGAAGAUGAAAGUACUCUUGAAUACGGUGAGCUGAGACGCAGAGUUGUUGUGUUUUCUGUGGCCUUCAGACUCAUCAACUGCCUCCUGGUUCAGACCAGCUUCGUCCCUGAUGAGUACUGGCAGUCUCUGGAGGUGUCCCAUCGUAUGGUUUUCAAUUAUGGGUAUCUGACCUGGGAAUGGAAGGAAGGCAUAAGAGGAUUCACCUAUCCGCUCUUCUUUGCAGUCAUAUACAAGAUAUUAUCCUUCCUGCACUUCGACUCAGUCUUUCUCCUGAUAUGGCUCCCACGAAUAAUUCAAGCGCUCUUUGCUGCGUUUGCAGAUGUAAAAUUCUUCUUCCUCAUCCGUACAUUGGAAAGUCGUGAUGUUGCAAAAUGGACGUUCUUCUGCCAUAUGUGCUCGUGGUUCUCGUGGUACUGCUGCACCAGGACUCUCACCAACAGCAUGGAGACCACCGUCACCUGUCUGGCUCUUUUUUACUUUCCCCUCCCUGGAUCCAAAACUCACAGCAGCAAAAUAUAUUUGACCUUGGUCGCGUUGGCUGUCGUCGUUCGCCCGACGGCCCUGAUCGUCUGGUUUCCUCUGCUGAUGUACCAUUUCUGGCAGGAAGAUAAUAAACUGAGGCUCAUCACUCAUAACUUUGUGCCUAUAGGAGCUGUUGCUGUUGUGAUUUCAACACUGAUCGACUGCAUAUUUUAUGAAAAGUGGACCGUGGUGCAGUUCAACUUCCUGAAGUUCAACGUCUUCAACGGAGUGGCCGAUUUCUACGGCUCCCAUCCCUGGCACUGGUACUUCUCUCAGGGGUUUGCCGUCGUGGUCGGUCCUCAUCUGCCGCUCUUUCUUCACGGCUGCAGCCUGGCCUUCAAAAGAUACAAAAUCCUGUUGGCAGCGGUCGUCUGGACAAUCGGGGUCUACAGUCUGCUUCCUCACAAGGAGUUCAGAUUCAUCUAUCCGGUGCUGCCUUUCUGUAUGAUCUUCUGUGGGAUAUCUUUGGCUAGUUUGAAAGCGUGGCGACGAGCUGCUGCGUUCAUGCUGUUGGUGAGCAACCUGGUCGCAGCGCUGUACACCGGCCUGAUCCACCAGCGAGGCACUCUGGACGUCAUGAGCCACCUCCAGACGCUGUGUGACGUCAGCAGCGCCUCCUCCGCUCUGCAACCGGACGUCCUCCUCCUCAUGCCCUGCCACUCAACGCCCUUUUACAGCCACGUCCACUGCCCGAUGAAGAUGAGGUUUCUCGAGUGUCCUCCAGAUCUCGGCGCGGAGGGUCACGUGGAUGAAGCGGACCGGUUCUACGACGACCCGCUUCACUGGCUCAGAACUUCUUUUCCAUACAAAUCUUCUCUACCGACACAUCUGGUUUUGUUUGACGUUUUGGAGAAGGAAAUCUCCGUGUUUUUGCAAGGGAAUAACUUUGUGAGGACAGCAGAGAUGUUUCACACUCAUUUUCCCGAGGGAAGAGUUGGAGGUAACAUCUUUAUUUAUGAAAGGCACUGACAGACACUGGAACAAUAGCAAGUCUCUCCUUAAUGGGAUUAUCACAUGAUAUGUAUUUGCAACUUAAAUAAAUGUUAAAUUCAAAUGUUA